AAGAGCAAACCUCUUACGUCACUGGUUCUCCACCAACCAGGUGAUUCCGGUGCGACCUGGCGUCCUCUCCUACAGUGUGUGUUUACACUGUAGUGCGCGCGGCCGUCAGUCAGUCGGAUGGUUGACCUGCACCGCUCGGCUGACAUCCACCUCCUCCAGACUGAUGUUUCAUGUGAGAACCGUGCCAGCCCUGACACGGGCAGGGGCGGACUUUCCCUUUAAACGCUUGCUCUCCAGCCGAAGACUCCGGUCCACCGUCACCUCCACUUCCACCUCCGCGACCCAGGCGGAGCCGCAGGACGAUGUCAGCAGCGGUCGCUAUGACUCAGCGCGGUCCGAGUUCGCCGGACAGCCCGGGAGAAGAGGAGGGAGAGACGGGACCACCACCACCACCGCCGCUGCUAAUGAGAUCUCCGUGGACUUUGAACAGACACAGGAGGCGUAUAAGAGCAAAGACUCGCUAGAGCUGCUCAGAAGUUUGGUGGUUUUUAAACUCUGCUCCUAUGACUUCCUGGUUGAUAAGAAUAAAGAGAUAAUGGAUAUAGGUACGAAGCUCCUGGGACAGAGAGCCUUCAACCAGUUCAUGAAGAUGACAUUUUAUGGCCAGUUUGUAGCUGGUGAGGACCACAAGGCCAUCAGGCCGCUGAUCCAGAAAAAUCAGGCCUUCGGCGUCGGCUCUGUCCUGGAUUACAGUGUGGAGGAAGACAUCAGCCAGGAGGAGGCCGAGCAGAAAGAGAUGGACUCAUGCGUCUCCGCUGCAGAGAAAGGGAGCAUAGGCGAGGACUACAGAGAGAAAAACUACAAAGUGCAUAAACAGUUUGGGGACCGUCGUGGGGGAGUGACUGGAGCCCGCACUUAUUUCUACGCCAACGAGGCCAAAUGUGAUCAGCAUAUGGAGACCUUCAUCAAGUGCAUCAAGGCAUCUGGUGGGAGUUCAAUGGAUGGGUUUUCUGCCGUCAAAAUGACUGCUCUAGGACGACCUCAGUUUCUGCUCCAGUUCUCAGAGGUCUUAGUUAAAUGGAGGCGAUUUUUCACCUUCUUGGCAUCGCAGCAGGGCAAAGAUGGCAUGGAGGCCCUAGAGCAGAGGCUGGAGCUGAAACAACUACAGGAGUCCCUGACCAAACUGGGUGCAGAAGGUGACUUCUCUGGCUGGUUUAGUGGCAGGAAGGAGGAAUGUUCAGGAACCAUUGAUGUGCUCGACUGGAACAGCCUGAUAGAUGAGAGAACAAAGAUAUCAGACCUGCUGGUCGUCCCAAAUGUGGAGCUAGGUAAACUGGAACCUCUGCUGAAGACAUUCACUGUAGAGGAGGAGAGGCAAAUGAAGCGGAUGUUACAGCGCAUGGACAUCUUAGUCAAGCAUGCCAAGGAGAACGGUGUUCGCCUGAUGGUGGAUGCAGAGCAAACCUACUUCCAGCCGGCUAUCAGCAGACUGACAUUAGAGAUGCAGAGGAUCUACAACAGAGAAAAGCCUGUCAUCUUCAACACGUACCAAUGCUACCUCAAGGAGGCCUUUGACAAUGUAACUAUGGACGUAGAGUUGUCUCGGCGUGAGGGUUGGCAUUUUGCUGCCAAGCUCGUACGAGGGGCCUACAUGUAUCAGGAGCGAGAGAGGGCUGAAGAGAUCGGUUAUGAGGACCCUAUUAACCCUGAUUAUGAGUCUACUAACCAAAUGUACCACAGAUGUCUGGACUAUGUGCUGGAUGAGAUUGCGCUCAGCGGAAAUGCCAACGUGAUGGUGGCUUCCCAUAACGAGGACACGGUGAAACACACCUUGAGGAGAAUGAAUGAGCUGGGUCUCGUACCGACAGACAACAAGGUGUACUUUGGUCAGCUGCUGGGAAUGUGUGACCAGAUCAGCUUCCCAUUGGGCCAGGCAGGCUUCCCCGUCUAUAAGUACGUCCCCUACGGGCCGGUGAAUGAGGUGAUGCCCUACCUGUCUCGGAGAGCCCAAGAGAACAGAGGCUUCAUGAGGGGAGCCCAGAAGGAGAGGGAUCUGCUGUGGCAGGAGCUGAAACGCAGACUUGCCUCUGGGGAGCUUCUCUACAGACCAGCGUACUGAAAACACGGAAGAAGAGACAAAGAGGAGAGGGUGUCAAUGUGUUGAGAUUUUCUUUUUUUUUUUUUUCAUCUUCCCUGUUUGACGGCUGCUGCUGUGGCUGUCUGCUCUGUCUCUCCCUGGAUGUAGAUCUCCUGUUCCAGCCUGUCCUGGAGAUUUCUUUUUGCUGAUGGACCUUUUCGGGGUGUCACUCUCUUUUUUUCCGUUGUGUUUUUUUCUCUGUUUUGUUCUCCCUCCAUCUUUUCUUCCAUGAACUGCUCAUGUACUCUCUAUUACUUUCCUUUAUCCACCUCUGCAUCCAUAAGCAUCCCUCAUGUUGUCUUCCCCUUUGUCUAUAGAGCUCUGGUAUCCAUCAAGUGGGCAUCUUUACUGCUCCAAAAGGACUCCCUAAAAUGUCAACGAGACCGGGGCGGGCGUCUCAUUUUAUCGCCCUAUUUAUCUUGGAGAGGGGACAACAACAAUAAAAAUAACAGGCUUGAUUUAAAUGGUAGUAAAGGAAACAUCAAUAUAUUCGCCUCCUACGGUAUAUUAUGGUUUUUUUGACUCUUGGAGAGCCGCACAGCCCCCACAAGGAGGCCUCUCUGCACUGUAUAUUUGUGUGCCGUGUUCGAGGCUGCACUGCCGGUUUGAAAAUGAUACCCGUUUAUGAAUCAAUGAGAAAAGUAUAAACAGUUUGUCACGGCACAUCCCUCUUCUUCUGAGAGUGCGGCGCUUUUGUUAUUGUAUUUACUGGAGGAGGAUAUAUUCUCGGUCACUGAGGUGUUGCGAGGGAGCGUACAGCAUUCGGGAUUCAGUGAGUGAAUCUCCUUUGUAAUGCAGACACCUGCAAGUCUGGCAAUGCUGUUGUUGUUGUUGUUAUUUUUUUUUUAUAGCACAAGAUAAUAUGCAAGGGAAUACAAAGUUAGAUGGUUUGGUCCUAAUGUGUUUGGAUGGAAUUUACACUGUGCAAUUUCUGUCUCUGAUGAUGUAAGUAUGUCUGACACAGACGAUUACAUUUGUUGGUUUUACAGUGCAUGCUUCACUCUUUGAAAUCACUCAGUGAAUAAAUAUGCAUUGUAUGAA